AUGGCGUCUUUGUCCAAAAUCGCUAUCGUCACCUGUGGACUCUUGAAUGGGGCAAACGCAUGGGGCUCACUAGGACAUGCAACAGUCGCCUAUGUUGCGCAGAAUUAUCUGUCUGCUGACACAGCAACAUGGGCCCAAGGUGUCCUCGGCGACACAUCCACCUCAUACUUGGCCAACAUAGCUUCGUGGGCUGACUCAUACCGCGCAACUAGCGCAGGCAAAUGGUCCGCACCAUUUCACUUCAUCGAUGCAGAGGACAAUCCUCCAACAGACUGCAACGUGGACUAUGACCGCGAUUGCGGAGACUCCGGAUGCUCAAUCUCGGCUAUCGCUAAUUACACACAACGUGUCGGUGAUGAUCGCCUCUCAUCCGCCCACAUUGAAGAGGCGCUGAAAUUCCUCGUUCACAUCAUCGGUGAUCUAACUCAGCCUCUGCACGACGAGGCAUACGAAGUCGGUGGCAAUGAUAUUGCUGUCACCUUCAAUGGCUAUAGUGAUAAUCUCCAUUCGGAUUGGGAUACAUACAUGCCCGAGCAGUUGAUUGGUGGUUAUGCGUUGACUGAUGCUCAGUCGUGGGCCAACACUCUAAUCGACGAAAUUACCUCGGGAACCUACAAAUCCGAAGCCGCAAGCUGGAUUGAGGGUGACACAAUUAGCGAUGUUGUUACAACUGCUACACGAUGGGCAUCGGAUGCCAAUGCUUACGUGUGCACUGUUGUUAUGCCGGAUGGAGCUGCUGCGUUGCAGACCGGGGAUCUGUAUCCGACUUAUUAUAAUUCUGCGAUCGGUACUAUCGAGUUGCAGAUUGCCAAGGGAGGCUACCGUCUUGGAAACUGGCUUAACUUGAUCUACCAUACCACGGUCGCGAAACGUGAUGUUGAAACCUUGGUUGAGAGGGAUGCCGCGCCGGUGGGUCGCGAUUUUCUGCCACCGUCUCGUCCGCUGAGCCGGGCGAAGAUAGCUAGAGCUGCUAUGGAAGGAUCCUGCUGCAAUUCAGGGAAGCGAGACCAUGCACACUAA